GGUAUAAAUAAUGGAAGCGGGCGGGGCUUGUCGCCAUUGCAGAGCAUAUCACCCUUGUAGAAAGAGAGGUGCUGACAGUGAGAGGAAAACGAGACACGGUGGGGGCUGAAGAAGAUUGGAAGCGCCAGGGCCGCCUGUGAACUAUGUCAGGCCGUGGGAAGUCCGGGGGGAAAGCUCGAGCCAAGGCCAAGUCCCGCUCCUCAAGGGCCGGACUCCAGUUCCCCGUAGGCCGCGUCCAUCGGCUGCUCCGAAAGGGAAAUUACGCGGAGCGUGUAGGGGCCGGGGCUCCAGUGUACCUGGCCGCGGUGUUGGAAUAUCUGUCCGCCGAAAUCCUGGAGUUGGCCGGAAACGCUGCCCGGGACAACAAGAAGACCCGCAUCAUCCCCCGCCACCUGCAAUUGGCCAUCCGUAACGACGAGGAGCUCAAUAAGCUGCUGGGAGGGGUCACUAUCGCUCAAGGGGGAGUCUUGCCCAACAUCCAGGCCGUGCUGCUCCCCAAGAAAACCCAGACAUCCAAAAAAUGAGCCUCUGAGAAUUGGGGUCCCCCAUUUGCUGUCAGUAGAAUUCAGCAGCAGCGGGAGAGCUCCCCAGUCAACUGCCCUUUGUACAGCAGUGGGUGAGGGAGGCCCUAUUGGCUGCUCUACAUUAUGUUUGACAGGGGGGCCUCCAGCUGUGGAUGAACUACUUUGGGGUUGGAGGGGUCUGAGCGUUGUAGUUCAGCCAUAGCUGAAUGGCUGCUGUUUCUCCACAACCCUCGUCUUAAAGUGAUAUUGAGAACACUGGACAUUUGACUUGAUGCAGUAGAGCUCGGGGCCUAAUGUCCUGCCAUUCUGCUGCCCACAAAAGUCAGUCUAGAGGAGCCCAAAAUACAGGCACUGGAAGCCAUUAUUGUAUAGGGCAAUGUUAGUGCUGUGGCCCUACCGCAUCCCUUAUAAUGUCAAUUGCGCUCUGUAUCCCUUUAAGAGGCUGCUGGGAGAUUUAAUGGCACUUGCGGGGGUCUCUUUUAUCAUAGGAUCAUCCAACACUACAAAGCUCUUGCAUAGAAUAGCACUUUACUUUUAUUAUUAGACGGCUCCACCGUUUGCUUUCUACGUGUCGCCUUCCCUUUUAGAAGUGCUGUGACAUUUAUUGUAUUUCAAUACUUUUGUUGUAAAGACACUUUUAAGACCCCCAUCCCUUUUCAGGUCCUGGAUUUUAGACUUCAGUCAGACCUCAAACUCCUGUUAGAAUCUGGAUCUCCAGUUACUCCUGGUGGGUUUAAAUGUCGUUCUGAGGUUUUGGGGGUGGAAUCACACAUUCAUUAGUAGUGAUGGGCGAAUUUCUCCCGUUUCACUUCACCAUAAAAUUUGUGGAUUUCCCACAAAAUUUGGGAAACUGAAAAAUUAGUCAAACUUGAAAAUUAACGCCUGCGUCAAUUUUGGACGUGCGUUUGAAAGGUUGCUCCCAUCAAUUUUUCCGCCGGCGUUAGUCAAUGGGCAUCCGACUAGUGUUGACGCACAGUGAUUUUGACGCGAAUUACUUAUCGGACGCACAUCCAAUUUGCCGGCUAAUUUUUACGGGAGUUUCACUUAUUUAUUCACUGCCGAUGAAACGGGACAAUUCGUGCCAGGCGAAUUUAUUCGGCCAUCACUAAAUUUGUGACACUCUAAAAUUUUGGACGCGUGUCUGAAAAGUCGCUCACGUCAAUUUUUGACACGUAUCCGAAAAGUCACAAGCGUUAAUCAGCCAGUUGAAUAGUGUUGACGCGUGACGAUUUUGACGCUAGCGACUGCACAUCCAAAAAGUUUAUGGCGCCGCCAAAUUUUUGCGGGAGUUUUGCAUAUUUAUUCGCCCAUCAAUAAUCAACAGUAUUCCGUUAUUCGAUUUUACUCCUAUAGUAGUGUAUUGUGAGAGAAGCCUAAUGUGUGUUAGAGCCGUAGUUUGCACUUUAAUUGUGUCGGAGUUUGAAAACAACAUUUUGCUGGCAAUUGUUUGCACAUUUCAAAUCAAUCAGUAAAUUUUUGUUUAAUGUU